AUGUCAAGACGUUUAAGACGUUUCAAGAACAAACUUAAUAGUCUUUUUAACAAAAAACAUCAUUUCAAAAACUAUCAUAAGCAAUCGGGGCAUCAUUUUUUUAACUCAAAACAUCAAAAUGAUUAUUUUAAAUCUUCAGAAACAGAUCCAAAUGAAAUGAAUGGAUUUUUGAAAGAUAAAUCAUUAAUCCAAUUUCAUGAAUCAUCGGAAAAUCAAUCUUUUUUUGUUCAAAAUAAGGAAAACAAACAAUUGGAACCACAUUGGGAGGAAUUGAUUAAUCAUGAUUUAACAAUCGAUAAAAUUUGUAAUAUUAUUGACGAAGAAAUUAAAGAAAUUGAUAAAAGAUCAUCAAAGAGAAUGAAACGAAACUCAAAGUUCAAAGAAAAUGUUCCACCAGAUCAUGGCAAAUUUGAUGAUUCAUUUAAAAAGAAGUUUGAAAAAGAAACUGGUCUUAGUUUCCUCAAUAAAUUGCCGAAUGAAAAUUCUUACUUCUCAAAAUUUAAUGAUAUAAUUAUCUCCAAUCAAGAAAGAAACUCAAUUGAGACAAUUACAAAAAAGCUUAAACUAGAGCAUAAAAAAACCCGCAAACAUAGGACUAUUAGUGAUAAUACAUUUACACCAAUAGAAUUUGGUGAUCAUUGGGAACAAUUUUAUAUUAUCAACGAUUAUCCUUCUACUCCUCAAAGAUAUAGCUUUUAUGAAAGAAGUUAUGGUAAUGUCAAAUUAUUGAACACAUUAGAGAGAGCUAAAACGUGCAACUAUGAUCAAAUCAGAAUCAAUUAG